AUGAAAAGCUUGGCAGUCUUAUUUGAUCAAAUAAAGAAUGCAGGACAUGUUCCUCAGGCAGAAUUAGUUCUGGUUGAGAUGGACAAGGCAUUGAAAGAGAAGCAUCUUCAUCAUCACAAUGAGAGAAUUGCUGUGGCUUUUUCACCAAUUAGCAUGCCAAUCGGGAAGCCAAUUAUUGUGAAGAAGAAUCUAAUCUGUGCUGAUUGUCGUUCUGUCAUUAAGUUCAUGUCUAAAGUUAUCGGGAGAAUUGUAAUUGUUAGAGAUAGCAGUAGAUUCCACUAUUUUGUGAAUGGUUCGUGCUCCGGUAAAGAUUACUGGUAA